GGAUAUUAGUGAAUAGGGAAGAGUGAGUAGUGCAGUGAGACCUGUUUCAGAGUUAAAGAGCUUGUUGCCGAGGCUUUUAUCCCAAACGCGUGUCAGAUUAAUUUGCAGGUAUCUGAUGGACGCCUGAAAUUGAAAAUAGUGUUUAUUAUCUGCAACCAUGCAGGGUGUUAAAAUACCACUAACGGUGAAAGUGGACAUUAAUGUGCUGCUGGUUGCAGUCACAGUCUUUGGGCUCCUGACCAGACUGUACGGCAUUCAGUUUCCCAAAGCUGUCGUCUUUGACGAGGUUUACUAUGGACAGUUUGUGUCUUUGUACAUGAAGAGGGUGUUUUUCAUUGAUGAGAGUGGACCACCUUUUGGGCACAUGAUCCUGGCACUAGGAGGCUAUCUAGGGGGAUUUGAUGGCAAUUUUAUCUGGAACAGAAUCGGAGCAGAAUACUCCAGUAAUGUCCCUAUUUGGAGCCUCCGAGUGAUACCUGCUUUGGCCGGGUCGUUUUCUGUGCCCCUCGCCUACCUUCUCACGGUGGAGCUGGGAUGUUCUCAUUUCACUGCACUUGGUGCUUCCGUGCUGCUCAUUCUGGAGAAUUCGUUGAUCGUGCAGUCUCGCUUCAUGCUCCUGGAGUCAGUGCUUAUCUUUUUCUUGCUGCUUGCUGUUGUGUCUUACCUGCGCUUCCACAAUUCACCAAACAGUUCUUUAAGCAGGUGGCUGUGGCUCAUUGUCUCUGGAGCCAGUUGUACAUUUGCAGUGGGAGUGAAGUACAUGGGUCUCUUCACCUACGUGCUGCUCCUCGGUCUGGCAGCAGUUCACACCUGGCGUGUCAUUGGAGAUAAAACAUUAAGCAACGGGAAAGUCUUGCUUCAGGUGGUAGCUCGCUUCCUGUCAUUAGUGGUGCUCCCAGUUUUUCUGUAUUUGGGAUUUUUCUACAUCCAUCUCUCUCUACUGCACCGCAGCGGGCCACAUGACCAGCUGAUGAGCAGCGCUUUUCAAGCCAGUCUGGAGGGUGGUCUGGCCAGGAUUACUCAGGGUCAGCCUCUGGAAGUGGCGUUCGGCUCCCAAGUGACUCUUCGUAGUGUGUCCAGCAAACCUGUUCCAUGCUGGCUUCAUUCUCACAAGGCCAACUAUCCAAUCAGGUAUGAAAAUGGGCGUGGCAGCUCGCACCAGCAGCAGGUGACAUGCUAUCCUUUUAAAGAUGUCAACAACUGGUGGAUUAUCAAAGAUCCAAGAAAGCAGAGUCUUGUGGUGAGCAGUCCACCCAGACCUGUCAGACAUGGCGACAUUAUACAGCUGCUGCACGGCAUGACCUCACGAUUCCUCAACACGCAUGAUGUUGCAGCUCCCAUGAGCCCUCACUCUCAGGAAGUGUCUGGCUACAUUGACUUCAAUGUGUCCAUGCCAGCCCAGAAUCUCUGGAGAGUGGACAUUACAAACCGUGAGUCUGACCGAGAUGUAUGGAAGACUAUUCUGUCAGAGGUGCGGUUGAUCCAUGUCAACACUUCUGCAGUGCUAAAGUUGAGUGGAGUGUCUCUUCCAGAGUGGGGAUUUCAUCAGCUGGAGGUGGUGGGUGAUAAGAUCUAUAAAGGCUACCAGCAGAGCGGUGUGUGGAAUGUUGAAGAACAUCGCUAUGGUAGAAGUCAGGAGCAGCGGGAGAGGGAACUUGAACUCAAGUCCCCUACUCAUGUUGACUUCAGUAGAAACCUCACCUUUAUGGCUAAAUUCAUGGAACUGCAGUGGAAGAUGCUGACUGUAAGAAAUGAAGAGUCAGAACACAAAUACAGCUCCUUACCCCUGGAAUGGAUCACCAUGGAUACCAAUAUUGCAUACUGGCUUCAUCCAUCAAGUAAUGCCCAAAUUCACUUGAUAGGAAACAUGGUCACCUGGACACUUGCAAAUCUUGCACUUCUUAUUUAUGUGGUUCUGUUUCUGAUCUAUCUGCUGAGACGACGGCGGAAAAUAGAGGACAUCCCUCAAGCCUCUUGGGAGCAGCUGCUGCAGGCGGGUGUUGUGUGUUCUGGAGGAUGGGCUGUUAAUUACCUGCCCUUCUUUCUGAUGGAGAAGACAUUGUUUCUGUACCACUAUCUCCCAGCGCUCACCUUCCAAAUUCUGCAGAUUCCUGUUGUUGUGGAGCACCUGUACACUCACAUGCUGAGAUUUCCCACGUAUCAGAAGGCAUUUGGUGUAGUAAUCCUGGCAGCCUUGUGCUCGGUGUAUAUUUGUUAUCGCACAUUCAGCCCGCUCACAUAUGGCCAGCCUGAGCUCACAUCAGAACAGCUGAACACACUGCGAUGGAGAGACAGCUGGGAUAUACUCUUCCAUAAACACUGAUCGCUGGAGCUCUCUUCUCUGAACGCAAAUGUUUUCCCAAGAACGUAUAACACAAACCUGAAGCGAAGAUGAAAUUCAGAGCUGGAGAAAGAAAGCCGUGGAGUCAAAUCAUGAUUUUAUUAGAACGUGCUUAAAAUGCUUUAUAAGAAGGUAUUUAGUUUAACAUAAAAUCGAGUCUAAAUGUUUUCUAAAAAUGCAAGAGCAAUAUCCAAGGUCCUGGAAAAUAAUGUGCCUAAAAUAUUUUCGGGCUUCAUCUGGAAGAGCUGCUGAAUAUGAACAUUUUCUGUUCUAUUACAUAUUAAAUAUUUUUGUAUAAAACUUGUAUUAUUUACAUUAAUCUAGCUAGCAACUUUAUCACUGUGAAUUAACCAUGUUUAUAUAGCAAAAGAAAGCAUUGCAGUUUCAUUGCUGUUUGUACUUGAGAUUCUCACUGAUGAUUUUUACUGUUGUACCAAGGUUUCGUUAAUCUUUGCACAACACAAUAAUAGAUACUUGAAACUAGGAUUUUUUUUUUUUACUGUAGCCACUAUAUUUUCUGUUUUUUUUUUUUUAAAUCAAGUAACAUAUUUAAGGAAAACUUCACUACAAAAAUGAGCA